GUUGACGGUUAGGUAGCUUACCACUGAUCUCUGUGGUGUAUGGAAUUUCAUUGACAAUUGGUAGGAAAGAAAAUUACCGAUGGCCGAUUUAUUCGAUAUAGCAAAUUUAAUUACGACGGUGGGUGUAGACGCGGUUAAAAUUAAAUCGGAGCCAGGGUUACCCGAAAAAUCGUCAAAUGAAAUUUUGACCGAACUUUUUAGUACGUUUGACGCCGAUGAAGGAAUAAUUUCACCUGGAAGCGGCGAUAACGAGAUUGCCAAAGAUAUCAGUGUAAAGAGCGAAAAAUCGGAUAAGCUUAAGAAGAAAAAGAGCAAGAAGAAGCACAAGCAUAAGGAUAAAAAACACAAGAAGAAAACUAAGAAACAUUCAUCCGAUAGCGACAGCGAGGCUGAAGAUGACUCGAAGAAGCGAAAAAAACAUAAAAAGAAAUCUAAACGCAAGCGAGAUACUUCGUCGAGUCGAACUUCCGAAUCGGAUGAGCAGAAACGAAAAGUACAAAAGAUUGAUAGUGAUGGCUUUAAGAAGAACUCCAAAAUAAGUGAAAACUACUUUAACGAUGAAUUUGAUGCAACUACUAAUGGUAAUGCGAAUAAGAACGUUUCAAAGCUUGCAGAAAAUGCUUUGAUCAAAACAGAGCCAGGAUUAGCAAUGCCUGAGCAUUCAGUGCAUCAACAACAUGAGGCACUUUUGGAACCAUCAAGUCCCCGGCAACCUUUUGUAGCAAGUAAAACUAACAAGGAUAACUUGGAGGACAUAGUCAUGCCAAGAUUACUUGAAAAUCCGAAGCAGGGAGCAGCAGGAAAAAUUCUUAUCAAGGAUCUGAAGCAUAGCGUGGUUUACAGUGAAGUCGUGAAAGAAGUUGAGAACAAGGCAAGAGAAAAGGCUGCUCGCAUGGAAGAUGGCGAACUGUCUGACAGCAGUGGCAACGAUAGAACUCCAACGCUGAGUCCAAGUCCCUCACCAUGCGAUAAUCAUGGAACGCCAUCCUUGAGUCCAGAAUCAAAUAAAUCAAUUGUGAGAACGCCAAGUCCAAUGCUAAGGCUGCAGCAAGUGGGUGUAACACUAAGAAAUGAUCUGCGGAUGAUUUUAAAGGAGAAGGAAAAGAAGCGUCGGGAGGAAAUAAAGUCCAAGUUGAGAAACGGCAAACAGGAAAGAGAAGACAAGACGCGUAGAGAUUCCAACGACAAAGGUCACGAAGAAAAACAUCACCGCAAAAGCGGGUCUCGUGAGAGAAAAAGAUCCAAGUCAAAAAGCCAUUCCAGAUCUCAGCGCAGCAGGAGUAAUGGCAAGGAAAGAUCUAGGGAAAAAAGCAGAGACAGACGAGAUAGGGAGAGAAGCAGAGAUAGGUGGGAUCACGAAUGGAACAGGGACAGACGGAAAGUCAGCAAAGACGGAGACAAGGAUAGGUACAGAAGCAGGAGUCGGGAUAGAAGCAGAGACAGGCGCAAUAAUCGUGGAAGAACGCGGAGCCGAGAAAGAAAAGAAAGAAUAGAAAUUGACAAAAAAAAGCUGCUCGAAAUCGCUAGAAAGAAUGCUAUAAGUAUGAUUCAGCAGGGAACACUUCCGCUUGCUCAACAAGACAAAGUGAUUGCCGCUAUUCAAGCUGGAGGAAAGUCGGUCGACGAACUCACAGAUUUUUGCAAAUCCCUAUCAAAAUCCGAAGCCUUGGGUGAACUGUCCAGCAUAUCUUCGGACGACGAUGGCAGUAAUUCUGAAAAAGGCUUUCAUCAUCCUUUCCUUGUCAAAGAUAGGCCCAAUUCAAUAAUCAUGAAUAUUCGGGAUGCAAAACAGUUACCAACAAAAACAUUCCAAGAAAAAGCGGCAGAGUCGUCGACCCAGUUACGAUUACAAUUUCCAGUUUCUAGUGGACAACAUCACAGAAAAACUGAGAACGAGUGGGUACCAGUUAACCCAAAGAAGCCCGAACCAAAGAAGCCAACUGCUCCAGUGACAGCUCCACCUGAGCCGCUUGCAAUAAUGCCAGCGCCAACACAAUCGCCAGCACCUGUACCUGCACCUGCGCCUAUACCUACACCUGCCCCCACACCUGCACCACAAUCGCCUGUAUUUUCACAGCCUUCCCUAUUGAAGAAUGUUGAUAUAGGCUGCAUCGUAUCUCAGAGAUUAGCCGCGAUGAGAAAACUCAGAGAAAAUCCAAACGACGUCCAAGCAUUGAAUGAAAUGUACAGAGCUCAAAAUGGGAUGAAAAGUUGGGCUGAGAGUAAACAGAUGCCAGGUCAGUUCACGGGUAGCACUGGAGUCAAAGUGCUAUCAGCCUCUGAACUAUCUGCUGGCUAUCAAGCAUGGGCCCGUAAGGAUCAAUUGCUAACUGCACAACCUGUCUCUGGUGGAAUGGGAAUGGCGCUACUGCAAAAAAUGGGAUGGAGACCUGGUGAGGGUUUAGGCAAAAAUAAGGAAGGCACUUUAGUGCCAUUACAGUUGGAAGUAAAGCUUGACAAACGAGGUCUUGUCUCCGAUCAGGAUAUUGGUAGUCGAGUUGGAAAAACAGCAAAGCCAGUUGUGCCAACGAUCAAGACUCUUGAAGGAAAACAUCCAGUUUCGUUGUUGGGUGAAUAUUGUUCGAAACGAAAGUUUGGGGCACCGGUAUAUGAGCUGUGUUUUGAGUGUGGACCAGACCAUAAGAAGAAUUUUCUAUUCAAGGUGAAAGUAAAUGGGAUAGAAUACAAACCGAGUGUCGCCAGCCCGAACAAGAAGCAAGCUAAAGCAGAAGCUGCUCAAAUAUGUCUGCAAACUUUAGGACUGCUUGCAGCAUAAAUCUUGUAAAUAUAUGAAAAUAGAUAAAAUAAUGAAUAAAAUAAGUUUGUUUAAAA